AUGCUGGCUGCCCUUCCAUUGACUGAGUUUAACCCUCCUACAAGCACACUUGGCAUCAUCCCAGGAGAUGGUCUCUCGUGGAAAGGUUCAAACGCAGAUAUCACAGUUCAUGGCGACUUCAGUAUCAAAAAAUGGAUUUUUUCCAGCAGAGGGAGUUUCACCGCUACAGUGUCUGGGGUGGCCGUCAGAUUAGGGGUAGAUAUUGGCAAAGGUGACAAUGGGAGACCGAGUAUUGCGGCUAGAGGUUGUUCCAGUGACAUAGAUCACGUUGAUUUGAAGUUUCAUGGAGGAAUGUCAUGGCUUUAUAAUAUGUUCAAGCGUAACGUUGGCGGCAUCAUUAAAACUGUUGUCUUUGAACAGAUGUGUAAAGAGAUCAAUAAAAAAAUCAACGACGAUGGUGAAAAGAUACUUGCAAAAUUGAAAGUAACAACGCCGCUCGCAAAGAAGUUCCUUCUGGACUACAGGCUUACACAGAAACCAAGUUUCCAAACACAGUAUAUGGAGACCUUUCAUAAGGGAGAGAUAUUCUGGUUGAGUUCCCCGACUACCGAAAGUCCUUUGAUCCCUCCACCAAUGCCGACGAACACGGACACGGACAGUAUGCUGUAUCUAUGGGUGUCUGACUACAUGUUUGAUACAAUUGGUUACACAGCACAGAAACAUGGAUUCCUAGUCUACAAUAUAACACAGAAAAACCUACCACCCUGCCUUAGCGGUCUUCUCGACACAACUUGCGAUGGCUUCAAAUGUAUUGGCAAAAUUAUUCCUGAGACUGGGGAAAAGUUCCCUAACAGCGUUGUAGAGAUACGCAUGACCAGUACACAGGCCCCGACAAUGAACGUAUCGAGCGAUGGAAUGAGUCUGAACUUUGCAGGAAAGAUCGAUUUCUACGCAACAAAGCCGGGGACAAGUUCCACUCCUUUCCUUCUGUCACUUAAUGCCAUAAUGUCAACAACGGUGAAUGUAACCAUAGAGAAUAAAUUGCUGUAUGCACGCGUCGACGACCUCAACCUGAAACUGAAGUUUGGAAAAUCUGCUGUGGGCAAAUUUGAUGAUGUGUUCCUCGACUCCCUAAUCAAAGUAGCGCUGGAUGUUUACGUCAUAACGCAGUUAAAUGAUCUUGGAAAGAAAGGAUUUCCACUUCCGGUUUCAGAUAAAAUUAAUUUUGAGAAUACCAAAAUCUCUUUUGCAAAGCCUGAGUAA